AAAAUUUUAAAGGCCAAUAAAAAAGAAAUAAUAGUUACUAUUUUCUUUUUUUUUUAAUUUAUCGCGCGCAACAAUUCGUGAAUAAAGAUUAGCACCUUAAUCAUCCACAAAACCAGCCAAUCCCUCAAUUAACUACUCCCCACCAAUGCGAAAUUACCAAUAAUUCUGGGUAACUCAUAGAUUAAAAACCAUUUGUUUUCAACAAUCCGAACGGUGAAGAAGAAUUAUUCCACGUUCUCUUUAAACCAGUUAAAGUGUUGGGUGCAUAUCCUACGGCAAAUUGAAGAAGCAAAAUGAAUCAUCAAUUCUAUCCGCAAGUUUUCGUCAAUGACAAUAACAACGAUAACAUCAACAAUAUGAAUGAAAAUACUCCAAGAAUAGAAAUAGUGAAUCCAGUAAAUAUCCCAAAAUCUACUUAUGAACCAUCAACCCCCGCCCCUACCCCAUUUCGACCAAUUCCUACUCCUCUUCCUCCCUAUCCUUCGCUACCACCCCAAUAUUUUCCAUCCCCAACGCCAACUGUUUAUCCGGUGCAAACUUAUCCAACAAUUACUCCUUAUCACCCAACUUAUCGACUUCCUCCAACACCAUUGGUAAGAGAACGUCGCCUUGCCCCAAUUGAUUUCUUCGACCAUUCAUUCGAAGAAACAUUAGCAAGACUCCAACAUUAUUAUAAUCGCGUUAUUUUGAAAUGCAUUGAUCUCUUUACGACCGCACAAAUAAACGAAUAUCAAAGAAUUACCGGUUCGAAACGUUUAACGCGCGAUGUAGUGAUGGAAAUGUAUCACCUUGUCGUCGCUAAAAGAGAAGAAGCUUUGCAAUUAACGAAAAUGUGGAAAUCCCUCAUAGGCUCUACUAUAGAAUUUUUCAAAAAUUAUCCGAUUACUCAUUACGAAAAUCCAUUUCUUUAUGAACCCACUCCCCCAAUAACAUUUCCUAAUGAAAUUUCAAGCUUUCAACAACCCAGUACCUCUUCAAAUUUGAACAAUUCACAUCAAACCUAUUAUAUAAUGAGACCAAAUCAGCCGAUACCGGAACAAGAAAUAAAACGCGAAGAGGAACAACCUGCGUUACCGGUGACUGUAAGAAUUGAAGGGAAACGGAAAUGGACCCCGGGAAAUGGACGUUAUAUCAAGAAAUCGAAGAGAGCUGCCAACGCGGAGGAACCAACCAGGAAAGGUACCGAGUAAAUUUAUGGAAACGUCAAGGUCAGGGUGAAAAUUCAUUAUUAUUAUUAUUAUUUAUUUUAUGUAUUUGUAUAUUUGUAUUAUUCCUUUUAAUUAAAAUAUAAAUUUAAAAUGUUAUUACCCAGUUAAACUAAGUUAUUUAAUUCUCAUUUCGGUGACUCACUCAUUUCCAUACAUUUUUUUGUACGGUAAGCCAAAAUAAGGUUUACGUUUUUUUUUUUAUGAGUUACGAGCUUUUGUUAAUCGAUAAAAUUCGUUUCAUUCGCUCCGAUUACGACUGCAAUGGCGUUGUAUUUAAAAUCGAUUAGAAAUUGAUUAAUUUUUGAAGAAAAUAGAUAAAUUUAAUUUUAAAUCAUUUCAAAUUAAUUAACUCAAUGAAUAAUUUUCUAUUUUUAAGGCUCUCAAUGACUCUAAUUGACCCUCAGUGUAUAUUAAUAUAUCUUCCUUUCUUUAAAUAACUUCUUUUCUAUAAAUAAUGAUUAAUAAUUGAUUCGGAAUGAUUUUAAGUAAUCAGUAAUAAGCCAAAAUUGAUUUAAUUGUUAUUCAGCGUUAGAUUGAUGUAUA